AUGUCCGCGGCGGAGGCCGAUGUGGGGAGGGCGGGGAGCCGCCAAGCGGAGUCGGCGAAGUUCAGGCAGGCGGAGCGGCCGCGAAGGGCCAUCGCCGCUACAUCGUGAGCGCGCGCCGCCAUCUCCGCCGUGGGGAAGGUACCCAGCCAGAUGCGCGACUUCUUCCUCGGCUCCCGCACCUCGCAGACCCACUUGCCGCCGCUGCGCCGCCGCACACCCUUGUACACUGGGUGGCGAGUCUCCGUGAACUUGGUUCUCCCCGCCGGCCGCUUCGGCGGCGCCAAGGACACCGUGGCGUAG